UUGCAUUGACGCGUUUCGUCUUCCGGUUUUACUUUCGAUACAUUACAGGGCUUCAAAAAUGUGACAAAUGAAGUAAAGUAUAGCUUGAAAAUAUAUUUCCAUUAGAAUUUUGCAAUAUGAUCAUAUUUACAGACUUUCUAUCAUGAUAAAGGCCUAGUCUAUGUGUUAUGAAUUCAAGAAAGUCGAGGCAGAAUGCUAACAACAAACCUUACAGCUACCAACAAUUAGGUGCAGAGGUUCAAAACUCUAAAAAAUCAAAAGUUUAUGUGUUUGGUGAUGCAGAUGUCCAGGAAGAUGAGAUCGUUGAAUUUGAAAUGUCAGACGUGCGAUCGCGUAAAGGGGGACCAAAGACCAUUUCUAAAGAGGAUGAUGAACAGCUUUACUAUGAGAGAGAAAUUACUGAAGGCGACACAUUACGAAGUCUUUCAUUACAGUAUGGAUGUCCGGUGGCUGAAAUCAAGAGAAUUAAUAACAUGAUUCAGGAUCAAGAGUUUUAUGCUUUCAAGAAGAUAAAAGUGCCAAUUAAAAAGUAUUCCUUUCUGACAGAAACAAUUAAAACAAAGACAGAGUCAGAAAAGCCUCAGUUUAAUGGAUUAACAGUUGUGGAUGAAACUGACACAGAACACACCUGUAACGAGUCAGACUCAGAGUCUACCUGUAAUAUGAGUGACCCGGAUACUCAGAGGUUGUUAAUAAAGAAAUCUCUCAGCAUCAGAAGCCAGACUGGUGACCAGUCCAAAGAUGCCAGGAGAUUUCUCCGCAGCAUGGAUAAAGACCUGGCAAAAAUCUGUAAAUCAGCGAAAACAAAUCACAAGUCACUGGAUGAAGUUGUCUCUCUUUUGACCAAUAGAUCCAUUCAGCCGAUUCCUCCACCGCGGAGGAAGUUCUUUGGUGCGGACUGUGGUAUCACAUGGUGUUCAAUGAUAAUUGUCAUGGUCAUACUUGUUAUUUUGAUUCCAUUAGGAAUUUUAAGUUAUUUAUGGUUCACAGGUCACUUUAAUUCCACGAGUCAAGGAUGAUGAAGAAGAGCAUUAGAGAUUAAACUUAAGACAUAUCUAUUGUUAAAAAUUAAUACAUUUAAAAGCACAUAUAAAAUGUUUGUGAGAAUGUGUUAUGUAAUCUACAUAGAGGUAUAUGUGUGUAUAGGUGCAUAUUGAUCAACUUGCGAAAUACAUACCAAUAAUAUGAUAUUUUGUGGUUCAGGUGAGCCUUGUGACCCAUGGACUUGUUAUAUUCAGAGUCUGUGUCUCAUAAAAAAAUCAUGAUUUCAAUUACCAUUUAAAGCUGGAUAUCUGAUUGAUAUUUAUACAGUGUAUGCUUUAAUGUUUACAUCAUGUAGAAAACUGACAGUAUACAUGCAAUUCCCCAAACAAAAAAGACACUUAGAACCAUUUCCACUUUAGUUUGGACUUUCAGUAAGGCAUGGCCUUCUCAAUGUCACAUAAUUAGCUUCUGAAAUUUACACAGAUUUCUUUCACUGUUGAAAUAUACAUAGGGUAGAAGUUCGGGUCAUUGCCAAUUAGUAUAUUGAAUAACCAAUAACAUUGUCACUUCCAGCAAAGAGGUGGAGAUUAAUUCAUCUCAUCGUUGUAUACAACAAUUUAAAGUUCCUGAUGUUAUUAAUUUCUUAACCAAUGAGAAUCUAUUCCCCAUUUGACAGACGCUAAUUAGGUUGUGCCGAGAAUGCCACACCUAAUUGAAUGUCCAAGCUUAUCUGAGAACUGUAAUAGUAUGUGCUGUACAUAGCCAAUUGACUUUUUUCAUUAACAUUUACUGUUUUGUUUGAAAUGCUAUACACGUUGAUUUGAUGUUGAAGUUAUUUUCAAGGACAGUAGAAAUACUAAGUAUAGAACUAAUUGUGUGAACACUGAUGCCAACAGUGAAGUUCACAGUGUGAAAUUGUUAUUAGAUUGUACAUCAGAGUUGUUGACCCUUGUAUAUGUUUAUUUGAAGGUAAAUCAAGCUGUAAAAUAAUUGCUUAAUAUUUUGAAAAAAAAAAAUGACUUUUUGGUGUCAACCUGUAUAAUGUUUUUUAAGUGUAAUUUUUUUUGGGAAAAAACAAGAAAUUAUCAAAACUUCAGUGAUUGAAGUUAAAUGAUGACCAAGUAUCACUGUAAAAUGUAUGUGUCAAAUAUUAAUUUUCUCAUCCUUGCUUUUUUGCUUUAUGUCUUUCAAAAUAUGGAGAGUGAAGCCAAGAUUGUACAUGUACAUUUACAUUUGUUGUUGGGUUUGAGAAUUGUAUACCAGCAUUUGAUGUACUGUUUAUACAUAUAUGGGAUUACCUGUUGCUACCUUGUGAAGUUGGAUCUCUGUGUGUAAUAUAUAUUUCAAAUGGACAGAUGUACACAAAUGCAGUGCAAAUAUUACAGUUAGUAACAUCUGUGUUUUAUGUCAGUAUGUUGUUUCCAUGAAUAUAACCAUAUAAAUAGGCCAUGUAUAAUUUAAGAUGUCAAAAUGAGAUGUUAUUGUAAUUUUAGGUUAAAUAAUUAUAUAAAACUUAUCCUUGAAUAGUUCAUGUAAUAUUUAUUGAAAUUUAUUUUUUCUUUUAUUUGAGAUUUACAGUUUGCGACAAAAGUG